GGUGUAAAUGACGUCACAAAAAGGGGUCAUUCGUGCUGGAUCUUUUGCGUUCGAAAUUAUUCGCACCUCGCCUUUGAUAAUACCGUUGCCCAAUCAGAGUGCUCGUGGAAAUUCAAACCAAGAUCACCCCAAUGCUCCUUGGCAUCUUCCCUUCCAUCAAAGAGACACAAAUUUCGCCACCACCCUCGAAUCAUCCACCCAUUCGAAAAUAAUUAAACAAAGCAACCAAGAUGUCUUCUGAAAAGCCCAUGACCAAGGUCCUCAUCUUUGGAGGAAAGACAGGAUGGAUCGGUGGACAGAUGCACGAUAUGUGCAAGGAGAAGGGAAUUGAGGUUGUCAAUGCCGAAACUCGCAUCGAGAACCGCGAAUCCUUGGCCAAGGAACUCGAUGAAGUGAAGCCUUCCCAUGUUCUCAUGUCGGCUGGAAUUACGGGACGCCCCAACAUUGAUUGGUGCGAGGACCACAAACCCGAGACAAUCCGCGUCAAUGUCAUUGGAACUUUGAAUGUCGCUGAUUUGUGUAACGAGCGCGACAUUCACGUUACCGUCUACGCCACUGGCUGCAUCUUUGCCUACGACGAAAAGCAUCAAUUGGGAUCUGGCGUCGGCUUCACCGAGGAAGAUGUCCCCAACUUUGAUGGAUCCUUCUACAGCAAGACCAAGGGAUACAUGGAACCCCUGUUGAAAAACUACCCCAACUGCUUGAUUCUCCGUGUCCGCAUGCCCGUCUCGGAUGACUUGUUCCACCGCAACUUUGUCACCAAGAUUGUCAAGUACGAACGCGUCGUUAACAUCCCCAACUCCAUGACAAUUCUUCACGAAAUGUUGCCCGCCAGUUUGGCCAUGGCCAAAAAGGGAUUGACCGGGGUCUACAACUUUACCAACCCUGGAGUCAUUUCCCACAAUGAAGUCUUGGACUUGUACAAGAAGUACAUUGACCCAACCUACACUUACAAAAAUUUCACCAUUGAGGAACAAGCCAAGAUCCUUAAGGCUGCCCGUUCCAACAAUGAACUUGAUACCACCAAGCUCAUGAAGGACAUGCCCGAAGGUGUAGAAAUUAACGAAAUCCACAAGGCCUACGAAUUGUGCUUUCAGCGAAUGAAGGAAAAUCUUACCAAGAUGGGAUGGUUGCCCGACAACAUGCCCGCUGAAUUCGUCCGCAAAUAAAUUUUGUUUGUUUGUUGAAGGAAGCUUCUCAUCGAAACGCGCUGCUAGAUAGACAACAUCAUCUACUGGCAGCAGCUGUCGCACGGUAAAAGAGAGAUUUGAUUCUUAGGCUGGUUGGAAGGAGUGGUAAAACUAAACAAUUUUUCAGACUU